AAAGGUUGUAACGAAAGACGAGGACAACUUCCUGCGAUAUUUCUUGCUGGCUCAUCUCGCAGUUGAUGCUGCUAGAAUCUGGUUCGAUUCGGUCAUUCCACCCAAUAAAUUAGAAAAACAUCUAAAUAAACAUAGGAAAAAGUCUCUGAAGAAGUGCAGUGAUGAACAAAAGGAAAAGCUAUUUUCAGCAAAUCCGGUGACAUCAUCAAAUUUUGACAUCACACUUAUCUACAAGUUAAUACGGAACACAACAGAGGUGAAAAAACCAAGAAAAGGAUGGGGAGAAGAACCGGAUUCCUCAGACACUGAGCCAGCCGAUGAUCUAGAAAGGGUCCGGAUAUGUCGAAAUUCACUCUGUCACUGUCCACCGUCAAUCAACGACAAAAUGUUUGAAGAAGAGUGGAAGGAAAUGUCUGCAGUGGUCAGCAGACUCGGAAAAGGUCAACUAGAUGGAGAAUUAGACAUGUUAAAAACAAAAAAAUUAGAUCACUCAACAGGAAAGAACAUAACUCUGGAAUCCAUGGCAUUGAAAGAGAGAUUAGAUAUUCUGGAGGUGAAAUUUGAUGACCACAUUCCCAAAAACUUAAGAGAGCAGUUUGAAAUUGAAUUAGGAAGAUGGCGAGAAGAUGACAAACUCUUUUACAAAUUCUUUGCUUAUGCAUCAAUUAGAGAACAAAUCAAUUCUAAAAGCUAUUUGACAGUGACUGGUGGUAGUGGUGCUGGGAAGACGUACCUCAUUCGCCACUUGGCGCUGAAUCUUGCCCAGGAAGGAUUCGAGGUCAUUCCGUCCUCGUCAAUUGACGAGGUCCUUCAAUGUGGAAAAGUUAACACUAAACAAGUAUUUGUAAUGGACGAUGUCUUGGGUGUACACGGUUUAGAUAUUAAUUUGUAUAACAAUGUGACGGCUAAGCAAGAUCGAGUCUUUAAUCUACUUAAUUCUGGGUCAAAAUUGUUAAUGAGUUGUAGGUCUGUUGUAUUUAAGGAGGCCAUAUCACUCAACAGUUUUAUAACAGAUAAUGAUCACGUUGUGAAUUUAAGUCACAAAGAUUAUCAACUAAAUGAAAAUGACAGAAAAAGUAUAUUAGAGAAUCACUGUAGAUAUAGGACUGUAACAAAAGAGUGUUACGAAAAUUUAACUCUGUCUCAUCCCCUUUCUAUGUUCCCACUCUUAUGUAGGGUAUUUUCAUCAGAUCCAAAGUAUCAGAAAGAAGGUGAACACUUUUUUAAUCAGCCAUACGAGUGUUUCUUUUCAGAGCUUGACAAAAUGCAACGGAUAAAGGAGAUACAUUAUGCAGUUCUUGUGUACUGCGUCAUGAAAAAUAACUGCAUCUCUCCAACAACAUUGGAUAAAAAAUGUUUGGAGGAAAUUUACGAAUGCUGUGGAAUAAACGCAUCGACAUCCAAAUGGAAAAUUAGAGACAUUCUUGAUGUAUUGGAAGGUUCGUUCUUAACAAAGGAUACGGAAGGGAGAUUUUCAAUCAUUCAUGAAAAGUUGUGUGAAAUUGUGGCUUUGCAUUUUGGUAAACAUUUUCCUUAUUGUCUUUUUCAGAAUGCAAAACUUGGUUUUAUAUAUAGAUUCAUAUCUUUUUCUGAUGAUGCAGAAUACAAAAUUGUUGUAUCUCCAGAUAGGUUCCCUGCUUUGAUCAGUCGCGUCAUCAGUGACAUCAGAAGAUUUCAUUUGUAUGAGGUAUUUAGUAGUGAUAUAUGGAAACAUACAAGUUUUGUUGAGAUGUUUUGUGAUACCCUAAAAAAGUUCACUCUUGAUGAAAUAAAAGAACUGUUGUCUAUUGAAGAGAACUGUACGUAUUUAGAAGAUAAAACUCGGAUGUUUCUUGAGGACACUUUGAAAAGGGAUUCAGAGAUGGCAAAAAAUGCAAUAGCCUUUCCGCUUGAGUACAAGUUUUUUCUCUUGCAGAAUUCAUCAAGAGUUUUGCAUUGGAUAAUUGUGUUUGGUCAUGGUAAUUUUUUAUUUAAAAUCACAGAAAUACUGAAGGCACGACUUCCUGACCAAAGCAGAUCUUUUCUAUCCAAUUUCAAAAGAAAGUUAAAGAUGCUAUCUUCAGACAAAGAUGCUUCAGAUGAUGAAAACUUAUCAUCAGUUCUCUAUGGUAAUGAUCUAGAUUCACAGACCAGGUGUCUGCUACUGGCUUGCUUUAGUGGCUGUGUGGAAAUGGUACAACUUGUUAUACAGUUCGUAGAACCUGGAUGUGUAAAUCAUUAUGUUGAGUAUUUCACACCUUUGAUUGUUGCAUCACUCUCGGGUUAUGACGAAACUGUCAUUGUUUUGUUAGAAAAAGGAGCAUAUGUCAAUCAGUGUGCAGGGAAGACUAACAUUUCACCACUUAUGUGGUCUUGUACAUUUGGUCACUAUAAAGUUUCACAGACCCUCGUUAGUCAUGAUGCGAAUAUCAAUCAUUGUGAUAAAGACGGACGUACUUCAUUGUAUUGUGCCUCCUGUUUUGGUCAUCUGGAAAUUGUGAAAUAUCUGGUUAAUAGUGGUGCUGAUGUCAAUCUCUCUGAUAAGGAUGGAGUUUCUCCAUUGUAUACAGCUUCAGGUAAUGGUAAAGUGGCGAUUGUAGAAUAUCUUAUUGAGGCUGGAGCCAAAGUUAAUCUCUGUAAUAGGUAUGGAAAGUCUCCAUUAUAUAAAGCUUCGGGUAAUGGUAAACUGGAUAUUGUGAAAUAUCUAGUUAAGGUUGGAGCCAAAGUCAAUCUCUGUGAUGAGGAGGGAAGGUCUCCACUAUAUGAAGCAUCAGCAUAUGGUCAAAUAGAGACUGUGAAAUAUUUAAUUACGGCUGGUGCUGAAGUCAAUCUCUGUGAUGAGGACGGAAGGUCUCCACUGUAUAAAGCUUCGGGUAAUGGUAGACUUGAUAUUGUAAAGUAUCUAAUUAAGGUUGGAGCCAAAGUCAAUCACUGCAAUGAAGAUGGAAAGUCUCCACUGUAUGAAGCAUCAGCAUAUGGUCAAAUAGAGACUGUGAGAUAUUUAAUUACGGCUGGUGCUGAAGUCAAUCUCUGCGAUGAGGACGGAAGGUCCCCGCUGUACAAAGCAUCAAGUAAGGGUAAACUUGAGGUUGUAAAGCAUCUUCUAGAAAGUGGAGCUAAAAUUAAUUUUUGUAAAAAAGAUAGGAAGUCUCCACUCCUUGUGGCAUCAAUUUAUGGUGAUCUGGAGACUGUGAAAUAUCUUAUUAAGAAUGGAGCUGAGGUAAACUUCUGUCGUGAAGGCGGAUGGUCUCCACUAAUAGCAGCAUCAGGUCAAGGUCAUCUGGAGAUUGUGAAAUAUCUUAUUCAGAAUGGUGCUGAUAUUAAUACGAGUUGUUUGUCUUCUGCAUGCCAUGGUGGACAUAUGAAUAUUGUAGAAUACCUUGUCAAUAAGGUGGAUGUUAAUGCGGUGACUGCUGGGCAGUAUUCUCCUCUCCGUAAAGCUUCCCGAAGGGGACAUCUAGAUAUCGUUAAAUAUUUAGUAGAACAUGGCGCAAAAGUUAACUUCAUAGAGUCUACCAGUAAAAGUCCAUUAUAUUCUGCUGUAGAAUAUGAUCAAAUGCAGAUUGUUGAGUAUCUUAUUGAACAGGGUGCUAAGGUAAAUCAGUCUGUUAUUGAAAUUUCCAAACAGAGGGGACGCAAAGAGAUGGCAGAUUAUCUUAUUGAGAAAGCGUCAAGACAGGAAGAAAAUUAGAUGCAUUUUAGCCAAUUAGUUAAUGAAAAUUAAAAAUAAACGCAAAUUAUUUAGAGUAUACAGGUAAUGUCGAUGGGCAUAUAUGUGUUUUAUUCAAAAGUAUUAUGGUGUGGAAAGGGGAUUAUAAGAUAAACAUCAAAAAAUAUGUUAAUGCACUCCAUGCCG